GGGGACUGUGCCUGGAUGGCGUGGGACAGGUGUAACCAGGACGCGGUGUGGACAGAAUUAGAGGUGAGCGCGCUGUGCUGCCUGGUCGGUGAAGACCAGCCCCUCUGCCCAGACCUCCCUGAACUUGACCUCUCAGAACUGGACGUCAGCGACCUUGAUGCCGACAGCUUUCUCGGUGGCCUCAAAUGGUACAGCGACCAAUCGGAGAUCAUUUCUACGCAGUAUGGCAAUGAGGCAUCGAAUGUAUUUGAGAAGAUAGAUGAAGAAAAUGAGGCCAACUUGCUGGCAGUGCUCACAGAAACCCUGGACAACAUCCCAGUGGAUGAGGACGGAUUGCCUUCUUUUGAGGCCCUGGCAGAUGGGGACGUGACCAAUGCCAGUGACCGGAGCUGUCCCUCCUCUCCUGACGGCUCGCCACGCACCCCAGAGCCAGAGGAGCCAUCUUUGCUGAAGAAGCUCCUUCUGGCACCUGCAAACUCCCAGCUCAGCUAUAAUCAAUACACAGGUGGCAAAGCACAGAACCAUGCAGCCAGCAGCAACCACCGGAUCAGACCACCACCUGCCAUCGUCAAGAUGGAGAGCCCUUGGAAUGGCAAAGCAAGGGGGGGCUCGGGUCAACAGAACCGGCCGGUGAGACGACCUUGCACAGAGCUGCUAAGAUACCUGACAGCCACUGAUGACAUCCACACCAAAGCCAGUGAAGCCAAGACCACUUGGGGUGGUGCCGGUCACAGGGACAAGAGUUGCCUGGGUCUUGGCACCUCUUCCUCCUCCUCCUCCUCGCCAUCUUCUUCAUCCACCUCCUCGUUCUCCUCCCUCUCGUCUAUGUCCUCUUCCUGUUCCUCCACCAUCUCAAAGAAGAAGUCCGCUGUACCAUCUCAACAGCACCACCCGCCGCAGCAGCAUCACCAGCGAGCCAAACCAACCACCUUGCCACUUCCUUUGACCCCAGAGUCUCCAAAUGACCACAAGGGAUCACCGUUUGAGAACAAAACCAUUGAACGCACAUUAAGUGUGGAGAUUGCUGGAACCCCGGGUCUGACACCACCUACCACGCCCCCACACAAAGCCAGUCAAGAGAAUCCUUUUAAAGCAUCGCUCAAAACCAAGUUGUCUUCAUGUUCCUCCUCUGCCUUGGCAUGCAAAAGAGCCAGGUUGAGUGAGUUGGGCCCCGGCGCUCUGGCUCCGGCCCCAGGUGCCUCAGGCGGGGGCCCCACCAGGAAGGGACCCGAACAGACUGAGCUAUAUGCCCAGCUGAGCAAAGCAUCCACCACCCUACCUUACUCUGCCACCCACCUCACAGCAGGGGGCAGUAUUGUGGAGCAUUGCAGCACUCGCAACAAUAAGCGGUUGGCACCUUGUGGCCACAGUGACCAUGAUUAUUGCCAGGCAUCCGCUAAUGCAAAGAAGAACGCCUCCGCCAACGCCUCCAUAACUGUGACAGCAGCAGCGGAAAUGAUGGUCACAUGUGCCAGUGUUGCCACCGUGCCUGCUGCAGGCAUGGCAGAGGACAGGCAUGUAGAAUGUAAGGACCCAGCUAUGCCACUGUCCUGUUCAUCACCUUCAUUUUCUUGUACACUGUCAUCAGCUCCAUCCUGUCCUUUGGCUAAGCAGUUCCAGCAGAGAUUUUCCUCUGUCAACCAAGAAACAGCGCAGGGUCAGGUGUUUGGGGAGCGGACCCUCAUGCCAAACAAUCAGAAUCCUUCACAAGAUGCCACUUCUGAAAAGGACCAGCCACACCCUUCUGCCACCAGCCGCAAGCUCCUGUGUGAUCAGGAAAUCAGAGCAGAACUCAAAAGGCACUUUGGCCACCCCUUUCAGGCCCUUUAUAGCCAGACUGGCCAGGCGAGAGAAGGGGAAGGCUGCAGCAAUCUAAACAAGACUGGUGCCCCUCAGUCCUUUAAGGAACCAGAGCAUGAGGACUACAGCUCCCAGAGGCUUACUGUUUCAGGCUACAUGCACCCAGGGUUCCUGCCCUUCCAAGAUGAAUUAGAGCUGGGUGAGGGCCGUGAGGGCCGCUUCCUCUAUCCAUGGGAGGGUACCCCUCUGGAGCUGCACUUUGACUGUCCACCUUGCUCUCCCUCUUGUUCCCCACCAUCAAGCUGCUCCCCUUCACGAGGCUCUGUUUCCCCGCCGUCCUCCCUCCUCCUCUCACCCAGCAGACCCUUCUGUUGGGCAAGCAGUGGGUCCCGCUCCCGUUCUCGUUCCUACUCUGGCUCCCGUAGCUCGUCCUCUCACUACCGGAGGCGCUCCCUGUCCAGCUCUCCCGACAGAUGCCCCUCCUCCUGGUCUCGUCACAAUACAGAUUCAAGCACUUUUCGUUCCAGGACUCGCAAGAGCCCCCACUCUCAGUGUCGAUCUCCUCUGAGCCGUAGGCCAAGGUAUGACAGCUACGAGGAGUACCAGCAUGAAAGGCUGAAGAGGGAGGAAUACCGGCAGGACUACGAGAAGCGGGAGUUUGAAAAGGCCGAGCAGAGAGAAAGGCAAAGACAAAAAGCAGUAGAGGAGAGGCGGGUGGUGUACGUGGGGCGACUGAGGUCCGACUGCACCCGGACAGAGUUGAAGCGCCGCUUUGAAGUCUUUGGCGAGAUUGAAGAAUGUGCAGUGAACUUAAGGGACGACGGGGACAAUUUUGGCUUCAUCAUGUACCGGUACCCUUGUGAUGCCUUUGCCGCCCUUGAGAACGGACACACCUUACGGAGAUCAAAUGAGCCUCAGUUCGAGCUGUGCUUUGGCGGACAAAAGCAGUUCUGCAAAUCACAUUACACAGACUUGGACUCCCAUUCUGAUGACUUCGAUCCUGCCUCCACAAAAAGCAAGUACGACUCGAUGGAUUUUGACAGCUUGCUGAGGGAGGCUCAGCGCAGCCUGAGUAGGUAACCAGUUCAGUGGCGCCUGCUGUCUGUCACAAAGAGGAACUUCUGAUACCUCACUGUUGUUUGUC